AGCGCGAGUACCUUAACCACAGCGGUUGAUUUGAGCCAAGAUGGCGUCCGAAAGGCAGAGUUUCAUGACAGUUAGCAUUUCUGCUAUGGGAAUCCAGACUGGCAUAGUCAGUCUUCAAAACUUGGACAGGGUGGUCAAGAGAUUGAAAGGAUGGUUCGGGUGGUGUUUCUCCAUCCAGACCUUGGCAUUGGUGGAGCAGAGCGACUGGUGGUAGAUGCCGCUGUGGCUCUGAAGUCUCAGGGAUGCAGCGUUCAGAUCUGGACGGCUCAUUAUGACCCAUCACACUGCUUCUCUGAGACCCUGGACCCAGACCUGCCCGUGGUAUGUGCAGGUGACUGGCUACCCACCAGUGUGUUUGGCUACCUACAUGCCCUUUGUGCAUACCUGAGAAUGAUCUAUGUGGCCUUUUAUCUGGUCUUCCUCAGCGGGGUGGAGUAUGAUGUUGUCUUCUGUGAUCAGGUGUCAGCGUGCAUCCCAGUGCUGCGACUGUCCCGUCACAAGAAGAAGGUUUUGUUUUACUGUCACUUUCCAGACCAGCUGCUGACUCAGAGGAAGACUUUCCUGAAGAAACUGUAUCGUGCUCCAAUCGACUGGCUAGAGGAACGCACCACUGGCAUGGCUGAUAUGAUCCUGGUAAACAGCCAGUUCACUGCAGGCAUCUUCAGAGAGACCUUUCAAGGUCUGAGAGAAGUCCACACUGAUGUCCUCUACCCCUCUCUCAACACAAGAACCUUCGACCAGCCGUCCUCUGAGACACAGAGCCUGGAGGGGCAGCUCCCCGAGGGAACCUCCUGCUUGUUUCUUUCUCUCAACCGAUAUGAGAGAAAGAAGAAUCUGGGGCUGGCUCUGGAGGCUCUUGCAGCCUUGAGGAGCAGCCUUCCACUGGACCAGAGAGCAGGUAUUCACCUGGUGGUGGCGGGUGGCUACGACGACAGAGUUACUGAAAAUGUCCAACAUUACGCUGAACUGAAGGAGCUUGCAGCGCAGGUCCACCUGGAGGACUGUGUCACUUUCCUGCGUUCUCCCUCUGACUCACUGAAGGUGGCGCUGCUGCGGGGUAGUGCGGCCGUGCUGUACACCCCGAGCAGAGAGCAUUUUGGGAUAGUUCCAGUAGAGGCCAUGUACUGCUGCUGCCCUGUUAUCGCUGUGAACUCCGGAGGGCCCCUGGAGAGCGUGGCCGAUGGGGAGACAGGCUUUCUGUGCGAGCCGUCGGCAGAGGCCUUCUCUGAGGCCAUGGGGAGGCUGGUGGGGGAGCCGCAGCUCCGCAGGGACAUGGGACAAGCUGGGAGGAGGAGGGUGCAAGAUAAAUUCUCUCUGCAGGCCUUCUCAGACCAGCUGCACGGCUACAUUUUGAGGCUGAGCCAGUGAUGUGGAAGCUGGAAGAGAGGCCUGAGACAGACAGCUCUACGUUGGAAAAGUUAUCCUCUUCUGAACUGUGAAUUGUCAUUGGACAACCAUAGACGGUUGACGUGUGUGCCGUCUAACAGAGAAUGUGUGUGUGUGUGUGUGUGUGUGUGUGUGUGUGUGUGUGUGUGUGUGUGUGUGUGUGUGUGUGUGUGUGUGUGUGUGUGUGUGUGUGUGUGUGUGUGUGUGUGUGUGUGUGUGUGUGUGUGUGUGUGUGUGUGUGUGUGUGUGUGAAGGCAGCAGAGGGGUAUUAUGAGGACUUAGAGGACAAUCAAUCAGCAUUCCCCUGGAGGGGUUGCUGAGAGGAACAAAAAAGGAAGGAUUCUCUGUACCAAUUAAGAAAAGAGUAACGAGUUUACCUACCCUAUCUUUGGCAAAAAAUACCUCCCCUGCAAGUGUGUCCAUGUGGUUAAUAUUUUAUGUGAAGCAGUGCAGCCACAAAGAGCUCAACAAAUGAGUGUACCAAAAGGAUUGAUUGUUAGAGUGAGAUGUUUUGCACUGUUUGUUUUUUUGUUCAUCUUUUUGUCUGUGUGUUUGGGGGACGAAGAAGAAUGUAGUUACCGCUGUGUCCCAUCACUGCAAAGUCUUAGAUCAAUAAACGGGAUGCUUUCCACUACUUCCUGUCCGCACUGAGCUUUGUUCCCCCUCCUCACAUUCAGAAGACGCUGGCCUGUCAGUGACUCCUGCUGCAGCCUGGAGGUUAUUAGCAGAUGAUAGAGCAUGUUUGGCUUUAUUAGAGGUCUGGCUGAUGGCCAGCGUGUCUUUGUCUGGGUCAUUAUCAAGCAGGAGAACAGCAGAAGGUCAUUGUGUCUGCGCGCUGGUCUCCUCAGCUCCCCUACUGUAUAGAAAUGCUCUUAUUGACAUUCUAGAAGUCUUAAUAAACAAGAGGACACAUA